AUGAGUUCUCCAAACCAUUUGAACACAUCUAAUCAUGUGGAUCGAUUCGAUACACACAACAAAUUUUGGAAACCGACUACAACAACAACUACCACUGUUUCAUCAUUUUCACCAUACAACCACUUAGAAAUGAGCGGAAUAAUGAAUACCAGUUUACUUGAUGCGGAUAUGGACUCACUGUCAGUAAAUCGAAGUCGCAAUCCAAGUGAAUUCCACGGUUUAAGUGGACAUCGGAAUUCCCAGUCAAUUUAUGUUCCUCCUGGGCUUAGAACACUACAUCACAUAGCCUUACGUUAUACAAGUCAGGGAAAGCAUGAUGUUGCGGCAUCUUUAUGUUUACAAGCUAUUCGAGAUUUAGAAGGAUCUGGUGGUCGUGACCAAGCUGAGGUUGCUGCUCUACUGAAUAUCUUAGCUUUGGUUUACCGUGAUCAAGGAAAAUACAAGGACGCAUCUGAUAUUCUCAAAGAAGUAAUUAAUAUACGAGAGAAACUUUUGGGACCUAACCAUGUGCUGGUAGCAGCUGCUUUAAACAAUUUAGCAGUUUACAUGCUAAAGCUGUAUACGAGAAAAAUUAUUAGUCAAGGGAAAUUCGAUGAAGUCGAAUCUGCAUUUCGACGAGCCUUAGAUAUAUAUGUCAAACAUCAUAAGCCUUCAUCACCUAUCAUACGAAAAGCCAAAAGCAAUUUGGCUUCUGCAUUAUUGAAACGUCGAAAUUUAGCAGAUGCAGAAUCUCUAUUAAAAUCAGUUUUAACACCAGACCAUGGUUAUACUUCAACACAGCAAAGAAGUCAUUUAAUGAAUAAUUUUUUACAGUCGGAAAAUGUUGAACAUGAUUCUGCUAUUUAUUCAUUAUCUUCACUAGGUAGUAGUCAUAUAAGUAGUAUUAGUAGUAAUGGUGGUUAUCGUGGUGUUGGAUCUUUGUUGGAUGGUGGUGCUGUUUUACCAUGUGAUUCAACUGAACAAUCUAUGAUAAUGAAUUCAUCUAGUCGACCAGUUAAUCCAUUAUGGGUAAUAUUAGAACAAAGUAUCAAAGAUAAUAAUAAUCGAAAAUUUUCACUUGUUACAUGGGCUUCGGAAGCCAGAAUCGAAUUAUCUGUGGUUCAUAGUGCAGUACGUAAUUUAGCUAUAGUUUAUCAACGUCAAGGUCUACAAUCUCAUGCUAACUUAUUGCUUGAGUGGCUUCAAAUGGCAAUUACUGAUUAUAGACCACGUUUAAAUCAUACGUCUUCAUUGGCCUGUUCACCGAUAAAAUGCACACAAUCAGUCCAUGGUAUCAACUCACAUGUAUUCAAUAGCUAA